AGUAAAGACGGACAGCUAGUUAGCUCUCAACUUUUUUUUUUUUCACUUUCUUCUUCAACGGGUCUCGAGUCGCGUCCGAAGUCUUUUUUUUUUCCUCUUCCUCUUCCAUAAAACAUCGUGUUCCCUCUUGCGCUUUGCAAGUAUCAUUCCAUAAACAACAGUGUUCCUCAUUGAGUCUUCAAUUCCAUCUCCAGUCCAAAUCGCAUCUUCUAUUUAACCCAAAGUCAAACUUAUCAUUCACAAUGCCUAUAUUGCCUGUCGCCCUCUACGGGCUUGAGGUCCCGGCGCAAGGCAUCAUGGUUCCCGCUAUGCAGGAGGAGGUUAUCCAUGGUGCUUCUUAUCGCAUCACUAUGGCUGCUCUUGACCCCACCGAGGAGCCUGAAGCCGAUGAUGAGGGCAAUAUCCCCGCCGUCCCGCGUUCUACGCUUAAGCUCAUCCGCAAGCGACCUUCUCUCAACGACGAGCUUGAUGACGAAUUCUUAAACCAGUUCAUGGGUGGCGGUGAUUCGGAUGAAGAUGACGACGAAGAAGAUUCGGAUGAAGAGGCCAAUGGCGGCCCUAGUGACCCCUCCAAGUCGAAGAAGGCCCGGCGCGAGGCUGCUCUGCAAAAACUCAUCCAAGCUGUCCAAGAGGAAGACUCAGAUGAGGAGAUGGAGGACGAUGAUGCCAAGCCCAAGUCGAAGGCUAAUGGCGUCGCUAAGGCCACUAAGAAGGGCAAGAAAGGCAAGGAGCCCGCUACUUCCAGCGACGACGAGGAUGACGAUGAGAGCAUCGAUUCUACUACUCUAGAUCUCGAGGAGCUUGUCGUUUGUACCCUUGAUACUGAACGCAACUACCAACAACCCCUCGACAUCACCAUUGGCGCUGACGAGGAGGUCUUCUUCGUUGUUAAGGGUACUCACACCAUUCACUUAACUGGUAACUACGUUGUCGAUCCUGACGAUGUCUCCGACGAGGAAGACGAGGACGAUGAUGACUACGGCAUGGGCAUCGAGGAGUAUGGCUCUGAUGACUCUGAGGUGGAUGAGCUCGAUGAUCUCCAGGACCCUCGUGUUACAGAGGUAGACACCGACGAAGAGGAUGCUCCUAAACUGGUAGCUGCCGAGACCAAGAAGGGCAAAAACAAGCGCCUUGCUGAGGAAGCGGAGAGCCUUGAUGGCUUGAUGGCCAAGGCUGAGGAGGCCAAGUUGAGCAAGAAGCAGCAGAAAAAGCUCAAGAACAACAAGGGCGAGCCUGUUGUUAAGGAGGAUGCUAAGGCCGAAUCCACCAAGGACGCUUCCACCAAGGGUGAUAAGAAAGUCCAGUUCGCCAAGAACCUAGAACAAGGCCCCACUGGUUCGGCUGCCGCCGAGAAGGGCGCUACCCCCGGCGUAAAGGUUGUCCAGGGUGUCACUGUUGACGACCGCAAGAUAGGAUCUGGCCGCGUCGCAAAGAAGGGUAACAAGGUCGAAGUUCGAUAUAUCGGCAAGCUUCUGGAUGGAAAGGUUUUCGAUGCCAACAAGAAGGGAAAGCCCUUCAGCUUCUCUGUAGGAAAGGGAGAGGUUAUUAAGGGUUGGGACAUUGGAAUCCAAGGCAUGGCCAUUGGUGGCGAACGCCGACUGACUAUCCCUGCUCACCUCGCGUACGGAAGCAAAGCGCAACCUGGCAUCCCUGGCAACAGCACAUUGGUGUUUGAUAUCAAGCUGAUGAACAUAAAAUAAGCGCGCAGUAGUCAACGUGUGUAGCAUUUCCUUGGCAUUUCCUUACCUGCAGAUACCACUACGGUUGUACUCUUAUGUCUGGUUUUUUCGGUCAAGUUUUUCGGUACGAUCAGUUGACGAGUCUCAUAAUGUCGCGCUGUUGGGUCUCCGACCUGCGCGAAUCUGCGAGGAUCUGGCGUCUCGUCAGGCGCAGGAAGCAGAUGUUGUCAUAAGGGAUGACGAGGUCUGCGUUGCAUUACAGGCGUACAAUUUUCGAGGGAGGUUGGGUAUCCUCUCCGUGCACGUGUUUCCGCUGAUUUCUAUAGGCAGUCCUGAUACUCUCAGAUAGACUAGCUAUACUGAAUUCGUUAUUUUCGGUUAA